CUUGAUAUCAUCCUCACCAACUUUCGAUUGAUUUCUCAAUCAGCCAUUCGUUUCAAGCUCUUUGUCUUUUUUUGAGGUCGUUGACCUUAGCCAUUCGUUUAACCAACUAGUUAAUACAACACCAUCAUGCAGUACCUUUCGGUCGUCCUGCCGCUGGCUGCCAUGGUCAGCGGCGCCCUCGCCGCACCAGGCUCUGGACCCGUCCAGGAUGCCUGCCUGGCUGCCGUCACUGGCAAAGCUGCUCUCGGAGACGCUGCCAUCCGUGCCGCCCACUGCAAGAGCUUCCUCGCCACCACAGUGACCCCUCCCGCCAUCACCGAGACCGUGACCAUCACCGCCGCUGCUGGCAAGGAUGGAUGGAAGCGAGGUGUUUCCGUCACCGUGUGCCCCAACCAGGUCCCCAACUACGCCAGCGCUUGUGACGAGGCUCACUACACUAGUGCCUGCUCAGUCUUUGGCUACACCAUCAUCAAGACCACCACCAUCGCUCCUACCACCACCACCAAGACGGUUUACGUCAAGCCCACUUCCGGCGCCACAUGCCCAACAGCAUCCAUCGUGACCAAGACCAUUACCGUCACUGCUGGUGCCACGACCGGCAAGCCAGCAACUACCACCACCGCAGCCCCCACUACCACCACUACAGCCACCAAGUGCAACGUGGCCAACGAGGCUGCCGCAAGCAAGCUCGUCGACAACUUCAAGAUCCUCCUAGAGUACACCGACUACGUCCCCGCCAACGGCAGCUUCAUCCCUGCUGGCCGUGGCUACAAGCGUGACGUUUCCGCUGCCACUUUGAACGACAACUUUGUCGAUAUUUCCGACUCGAUCAACUUCAUGGCUGGCUUCCCUCUUGGCUCCGUCACCUUCGCUAGCAAGGCAGCCUUCGAUUACGGCCAAGGAGUUCUCCAACCCGAGGUCAAGGUUGAGACAUUGAACAUGUGGUACACUUGCGACACGAUAACCUGGAGAUGGGUCAUCAAGUCCACCAGAUACCCCGUCAUUGGUAUCAACCAAUUCAUUGUUGGUGACGAUGGCAAGUUCAUCAAGAACUACGCCGAGUUCGACAACGGUGCCUGGCUCCAAUCGUUCGGCCAACAGUGUGCGCUCCAGGAGGUCAAGGAUUCAGGAUCCAACGCCCUCAAGGCGCGUCAAAUGUUCCACUAGAGGGUGUGAAUUUCAUAUUGAGCGACCGACAUGGUUCCAAGGAGAAGCGAAGGUCAUCUGGACUUUGAUACUGUUGGAACUGGGCAUCUGCUCUGGAACAACUUGCAUGCAGCAUCGGACACAAGGGUUUUAGGGAAGAGGCUUCAAUUCAUUUCAUGUAUUGCAUUUUGUUUUGGACAUAACAUCACGGGCACCGUUCAAAAGAAUGAUCAACGACUUUAUUUGAUACUUGAUCGUUUCGCAACGCUUCUCAGAUUUCUGAUCAUGACGUCUUCAAAAAGGGAGUGACGACCGAACAUGAUGGCAAUCCUACACGUCAUUUCAGAUAUCUGUCUCGUGGUGUUUUAGGAAGAAUUCCAAUGUAUGCAUUAUACCGUGGGAAUGAUGAUGAUGGUGCUGCUGCUACAGCUUCUCCUUUCUCCAGAUUCACUCAGUCCGUGGUUGCACACCAUUGUUGCACACCAUUGUUGCACGCGAUGCGACGCACCGACAUUGUGCAUCUUGUUGUCUCAUUUAAACUUUGGCCGAUGCGUUGCUUAAUUUCAACUUGCGAUAGCUACACGAACCUGGGA